UUCAUUUCCAAGGCCAUUAAACAUAUGUAACCAGUAGAGCUGCAAGUUUGAAAACAUAAUAUUGACAGGCCACCAGUGGUAGGUUUUGUAACUACACAGUUGGGGGUAGUGUGGUGUUCUGCACACAUAACCUAAAAUUCUUUAAAACAACGUAACGCGUUUAAAAACGUAUUUUUAUUUAUAAUAAUUAUGUAAUUAACAUAAAAUGGCAUUGUUUGCUGCUUAUGCGGAUGUGAAAGACGAUUCUACAGCAACUAAUUCAUCUGACGUCGGUUGGCUAACGAACUCUAGUUUUAAAAUAGAUGUGACUCCAUUUCAAACCAGUGAAUUGCAAAUUCAUCCAAAACAUUUUCAAGACACAGACGAUAAUUCACUAUCAGAAACAGAAGACAAUGAAGUGCGACACAAUAAACAAAAAAGAAAACAUAAGAAGUCAAAAAAAUCCUCAAAGAAACAAAAAUAUACAGAGAAGUGUAAAGAAUUUGAUGGAUAUUCAAUUGAUAAAAAGUCUGCAAGUGAACUUAAAUAUGUUAAUACAAUUUCCAGACCCAGUGCACCUAAAUAUAAAAUAUAUAAAUACCUAGCCUUUCCAAGAGAGAGAAAAGUAAAGAAAUUUAAAAGAUACUAUCAAGUAAUAAUUGAUAAACAUGUAAAUGAAAGUGCCACUGAAGAAGAAUUGACAGCAGAAGCUUUAAAUUCAACACCUUCCAAAAAUAGAAAGCAAGGAUCAGACAUGACAAUCCUAGAGGAACAAGAAAUAUCCAGACAAACUGGCACAUUCAACAGAAAACUUCAAAUAGAUGCUUAUGACAUAGAUACAUGGAUAAAAUACAUCAAUUUCCAAGACAACGUCUUCAACUUUGAGAAGUAUUUCAAAAAAGGCUCAAUUGCAAAAGGUCUAAGGGUAACAGCAGAGAGAAAAUUGACCAUUUUAGACAGAGCCCUGCAACAUAAUCCCGAUUGUGAAUUACUACUCAGAAUGCGCGUGGAUAUCGCAGCCGGUGUAUUCCCAGCCGACGAGUUACAAACACAACUUAAAAAACUAGUUGACAGAGAUUCAGGUAACAUUAUCCUCUGGCAGGCUUACAUUGAAGCAUCACAAUGCUCAAUGUCCCACUGCACAGCCCCCACAGUAAUAAAUUUAUACAUUAAAUGCUUACACACGCUGCACACAAUCAGACGCACGGCUAAAUUAAAACGCGUGGUGUUAGAGGAAAGUAUCCUACGCAUGUUGUAUCAAUGCGGGUUAUUCCUCCGCCAAGCCGGCUUGUUUGAACAAUUAUGGACGUUGUUACGCAUGUAUCUUGAACUUAACUUAAGCGGAAGUUCAGAUAUACAAUUCGGUACUGCUAGUACAACAAGAGAAGAAACAUUACUAGUUGAGUUAGAAGAUACUGUGUUAAAAUCACAGCUGCCUAUUCAUGAAUUAUGGCCAAGGAUUGAGAAACUCCGAGAAGCGUGUCAUUACCUUCCUGUUUUCGCGCAGGAACAGGAAUGUGCGGAUCCACAACGAUUGGUAUUCACUGAAGAUGUUUCCGAGUUGAUACAUCCCAUAACUAUGCCAGGGAAUACUUUCCGGUUAACGGUAAUGAUUCUAACUCUAUUAAAAAUCCCGCUUUUGCCCUGCAGACAUGUUACAAUGAAAGAAUUUGGUAUAGAUUAUGUUCCAUGGUCAUUAGACUCAAUCGAAACAUUACUACCAAUGUUCUACCCGUUAUUCCCGCUGGAAAUCAGCAACAAGUUGUUGUGCAACGCGCAAAAACUAGUCGUUGGUCCACAGUAUUUAAAAACACUGCCAGGACAAGAAGAAUAUCUGCAGUUUAUCUUAACUGUGAUGACAUCGUGUGGGAAAUGCUUAGGUGGACGUGAAAAAUUAGCGAUUACUGUUUGGUGGUUUCGUUUCUUACGAUUAUUAACCAUCCUGGAAAAACUAGACAUGUUUAAAGUCACUGCGAGUUUUAAAAAGAAACUGCGUACUGAUAUGAAAAGUUGUCUGCGUGAGAAUUCAACAAAUAUUGUUUUAUUUAAAGAAUACGCAUUGGUAGAGACAGAAAACAACUUCGAUUCAGGUAUAAACGUGUUGAAAACCGCGCUGGAUAUGAAUUCUGAUAGUGAUUUAUUCCAAAUGGCCGAAGAGAAACGUACAGCGAUUGUUUCAACAUUGCGUACAUUUAUUGAACUUUAUUUGUUUAGGGGUAAACAAAUUGAUAAAGAGACCAAACAAGUUUGUUUUAAAUAUAUCUGUGCGGUAGUUACCGGUAAGUUUACGAUUGCGAAUGCUCCACGGUUUAUUACACAGAGUAUAAUUAAUGAAACGAAGGAAAAAUUCGCGGAAGUUAAUGUGAAUUUAUUAAGAAAUGAUUUCAAUGCUAGUUUGAAUGGUGUGGAUUACUUUUACCGGAUUUCACUUCAGACUGGUUGAUUUUAAACGCCUCCUUUUAUUUCUUAAUGAUUUUGGUGAAGCACGGAUAUUUGUUGAGAAUAUUCUCAAUAAAUUUGAAGAUAAUCCAGCACAAGAAGAAGAAAAAGUGCGGAAUCCAAAGUUGUGACGCCAUCAUUCCGAACAGAGCUACUUUAUGAGUUUUUGGUUGCUAUUUUAUUCAAAACUUGUACAGAUACACCAGGAGCAGGAAU